UGCCAGGCGCUCACUGAGGCUCGACUGGGCCGAGGGAAGACAGUGCCUGGAGAAAGGCGAAGGAACACGGUCGCAAAAGGCAUAGAAAGACGGGCAAGAGGGCUACAUUUCCUCAUACCUGCCACAAGAUGUUCAUGUGAACCUCUAGGUAAGACCAGAGCGAUCAUAGACAUCUUCAGCCGUCAAACCUCAGGGAUCGCAAUUACAUCCAAUCAUCGUCAACAUGCUGUAGCUGCGUCCUGACACCGCCAACAUCGAGCCAGCAAACCGUGCUCUGGGCACCUCCCAAGGCCCAGCCAAGGGUUGCAAGGAGUCGUCUGUAAGGUUGCCGAAGUCCUGGCAAGACGUGGAAAGUAAUAUGGUCACGCUGAUCACAGAAAAACUACAGAACCACUGUCUGGAAGACAAAGAUGUAACAUACAAUCAGAUAGACCAUCGUCCUGCGCACCGGAGCCUGCGAGCCCGAAGCUUUACCAUCCCGAAAACGUACCGCUAUGGAGAGCACAAGAGGAAUGCAUUUGUGGAGAAGAAUGGCCUAAGAUCAGGGGGGACAGAAACCAUGGCGUUUCCCUCAGGGGAGCGCAUGACAAUUCUGACCCGUAGCCGCCACAAGAGCGAAACCUCUGCGCCAACCCGCUUCAACUUCCACUGCAACGACUCCAACGACAUAUCACAGACGCCGCCCGAACCCCCACCGCCAAAGAAACGACACUGCCGCUCCCUCUCCAUCCCCACAGAACUUUCACAAACAGAUUCCAGCUGGAAGCCCAGUGGCUGCAAGCUCUGGACACCGGUCACAAAACUCAAACAGGGUCAAAACGGGUUGAACAGCAUAGCUUCACUCAGAGGGUCCAACAACAGUUUGUCGUCAUUCCCAGCCCAUGCGGGGGGGAGAUCCCCGUUCAGCCCCAGCGAGCAGUUCUCCACCCCGCCCGAGUCCCCCAUCCCCCGCCCAGCUUCGGCCAGUAGCGGCUUCUUCGACACCUCGCUCUCCGCCCCGUGGCUCGACAACAGCCCCACCAGACACAAGCGCACCGACAGCUCCGUCUCCGAGGCCGUGUCCGAGGGGUCCGGGUCUCUGUCGUCCGUCGGAAGCAGCCUGACGUCCACUCCAGAGUUACCACGGAGACGAGUGGGCCUCCCGCGAGCCCGGUCCCAGCCCUGCGUCCUGCACCACGACCGGAAGGGAGGACUGAAACGGAGGCGGGAGGAGGAGAGACCAACAAUAGAUUUUGUCAAGAUGAAAGAGAGUUCCUAUGACCAAUGCAGCCAGCGAAAGCAGGGUGUGAGAAUACCACAGUAUGUUGUAAGUACAAACAUCAGGAGUUCUCGCAGCCUGGCUUCUUUCUUCAUCGACUCGGAGUUCUUUCUUGGCUUGAAGCCCAUCAUGUCCUCUCCCUGUGACUCCACCCUUUCCAGCGUCAUGAUAACCCCCUCACAGAGCCCAACAAAGGACCUUGAGGAGAACAAAGACAGAGAGAAGACACCAGCAGACCUGGUCACCAUGACGGCGUGUGUGGAUGAAAUCAUCCCGAGUGGGGACGAGGGGGAGGCAGAAGAUGCUGAUGACAGCGGCACAGAAGGAGGAGACAGUGCAGAGUGUGACAGAGGGGGCUGCGGCAGCUUUGAUGAACCCAUCUUCCCUAUCGAUGAUGAAAUUGACAUUGACCAGAUUGAGAGAAACUGAAAGAUGUGAGCUGACUUGGUAUGAUAAGCUUUCCAUGACCAGAAGGUUUGCGAUUGUAAAAAUGGAAAGCGAUACCCCCAAGUUAAAUUUGCAUCAGAUAACAUUACCUCAUAUGUGCUGAGUGAUUUGUACAUGAUAGUUCAUCAGUAAAGGACACAGUGUGGUGUGACGUUAUGUGGCUGCCGUGAGAGAGGGCAGAGUGAAGAACCAGGGAGAUGUCUAUUUUUGUGAUGACGAGUGAGAGGAAAUCAGGGUGUGGCUUCCAAGGUCAGGUUUGUGACAAGGUCAAGUUUUCCCAGCCAACAUAAGACAGAAGUUCACCCUCAGAUUCCAAGCUGUUCCCGCACCAUGAAAGGUCAAAGCUUUGCAAGCUCUUUCAGUUUUGACAAAAAAUCACAUUCUAAAACUUCUGCAUUACUUUUGGAUGUAUUAUAUUACCAUGGAAUGCAAACUGACUUGAACAUUCACUUGAUAUUUCAAUAGUUUCUCUCUUAUGACCCAGACUUGACCUUGUGUCUAAGAGACAUGUUUGACAGUCACAAUGUCAUUUUACAUUUUUCAUACCAUACAGUCAUGUGCCUGAAAAGGGCCCAUUCCCAGGAGGAAAACAAUGUGAAAGUUGCUGCUAGUUUUUACCCGUUCCUAAACACAUUUUUGUGUUCCAAAAUGUUGACAGCCUGUUGACAUAUAAAACUCUAUCUCCAAACUUCAUGUAUUCUCCAUGUUCACCCCGAACGUUAAGGGAAAUUGACUACUCUUACCAUGAUCAGGUGUUUGACUGGUAAAUUGUUCGUGUAGUGCACCAAUAUUGAUGGUUUAGUAGGGCUUAGUGGCUGUUGGUAUGACACAUACUGUUUGAAGGACUGGCAUUUUGUGCAUUUUUUCUCAACCUCACUAGGGGACAUUCCUGCUUGGCUGACUUUUGUUUCACAUUCUCAUCCAUUGUAAUGAUAAGAUGAACAUUUAUGAUUGAAUUUUGAUUGGCUAGCUUAGAAAGAAGAGAUUUGAUGUAUACACGCAGUCUUUGAAAAUGGUGACAAAGGUUUGACAAAAGAUCCCUCAAAGCUUUCUUGACAGAUGCAAGCCAUUAUCUUCUGUUUAAAGCCUUGCAUAGCCUAGUACAGUAUGUGUCACACACAAC